AUGGCGCCGCCUGGCCCGAGGACCGGAAGUAGCGCGGGAGUCGCGAUCGUGGCAAAGCAUCUCAAGUUCACUGACAGGACUGUGGUGGUACAAGAUGGAAACGUGGAAGGUGCAUACAGGACACUAAACAGAAUCCUCACGAUGGAUGGGCUCAUUGAGGACAUUAAUUCCACAAAAAAAAAAAAAAAAAGAUACUGUGAGAAGCUUUGGCUCUGCUGCCAGUGGGAAAGCUACAAAACCUGUUGGCAAAUCUACAACAUAGAAAUGGCUCAAAAGAUCAACUUCUUGAUGAGAGAAAAUUAUCAGGAUCCAUGGUUAGGAGGCCCAUAUCCAGAGUUCUAG